CCUCAUCAUAAGGAGCAUGGAGCCCUUGGCAGACCCGCUGCAUGAUCGUCGAGUUCAUACCGUAACUCCGCCACCUCGUGCGCCGCUUACACCGGAACUGCUCUUCCCCAACGGUGAGGAGUCCCCACCCGACUGGCGAUGCCUUAGGAAGCAUCUGGUCGCUGAGGGAAGACUUUACAUUGAAUCCAUCACACGAAUAGUGAAGGAGCUCGUAAGGCUGUGUGGGGCAGAAGCCAACGUUGUGCAUGUCAAGGACCCCGUCACUGUUGUAGGGGACAUACAUGGACAAUACUAUGACCUUAUUAAAUUACUACAAGUCGGUGGCGACCCGGAAACCACUCAAUAUCUGUUCCUCGGGGACUAUGUAGACAGAGGAAGCUACAGUGUAGAGGUCCUCCUGCUAUUAUAUGCGUUGAAGAUCAACUACCCCAAGACGAUAACGUUAUUACGCGGGAAUCACGAGUGCCGAAAAAUGACUGCUUUUUUCAACCUUCGAGAUGAAUGCGAGUAUAAGUAUAAUAUAACAGUGUAUGAGCUCUUCAUGGAGUCCUUCGAUACCCUCCCGUUGGCGGCUGUUGUUAAUGAUAAGUUCCUUUGCAUUCAUGGUGGCUUGUCCCCUGAACUUAACACUCUCGCUGACUUUGAUAAAAUCAACCGUUUUCAAGAGCCUCCUAGACAAGGCCUCUUCUGUGAUAUCCUCUGGAGCGACCCUGAGGAAGAGAAGGAAGGCGUUGCCGUAUUCAAGCCGAGGGGGAGAUCAUUUGUUACUAAUGAUGUGCGUGGGUGUAGUUUUUUCUAUACGUAUGAAGCGGCAACAAAUUUUUUGCGGAAGAAUUCGUUAUUAUCGGUUAUCCGGGCCCAUGAAGCCCAGCUGGAGGGCUACAAAAUGCACAGAACGAAUGAGGUGACAGGCUUCCCCUCGGUCAUCACCAUCUUCUCAGCUCCCAACUACUGUGAUGUAUACAACAAUAAGGGUGCGGUAUUGAAAUUCGAGAACAACACGUUGAAUAUACUCCAAUUUAACUACUCCAAGCAUCCGUAUCAUUUACCCAACUUCAUGGACGUGUUCGCUUGGUCUAUGCCUUUCGUCGCUGAGAAAAUCACCGAGAUGCUCUUCUAUGUACUCAACCCUCAGAAUGAGUCUGGUGAUUACAUUCGAGCGCCCGACGUUGCUGGUGAGGAUUUACCACACUUACCGGAAGCAGAUAUACGACAGUUGAAGUUGGCACGGCUUUCGAGUUUGACUGAGGAACAGAAUAAGUCGGUAUCGUUAGCGGCUCGACUACAUCAACACAUGAUGGCCGAGGGGGCUAAGGUGAUCGAACAAAGUAGUAGUAACGGUAGAUGUACUCGGCAGGUCCUUGUUGUAGUUAAUGCUGUUGAUGUUGUUGAUAUCACGGAAUCGAGCGGUAAGGCGAUCUCGAAGGAAAAGGCUGAUCGAAUGCGGAAGAAGAUUCAGACGGUGAGUCGUAUGAUGUUAAUGUUCAAGACCUUGCGAGAGGAGAACGAGACCAUCAUCAGCCUCAAGGGCGUCUGUCCUGGGCACAGGUUGGCACCUGGCCUCCUCUUGUCGGGUCGGGAUGCGCUACAGGGUGAACUGGAGAAAUUCACGAAGGCUCGUGCGAUGGAUCUCGAGAACGAGAGGAUGCCCUCCGAGGAGGAAGUCGAUAGCCAACCUCAUUUCCAUCGAGGAGUAUCAUCGUCGUGA